CACUUGACUCGGUUUUCCCGUGUCUUCUGAAUGGAUUAGAGGAGAGAGGCUUCUGUUCGAAAAGGCCGGCAAGCGGGAUUUUCUUAAAAACAGUUUUUCAGUUUUACUGUUUAAAUAAGUAUAUAUAUUUAUUCUUACUUGAAAGAAAAUGGCGCUUUUCAGAGUUUUUGCAAAUCGCCUCUUCGCUCAACCACAGGCUCCUUUUGCACCACUUUCUGUGCUUGUGAAACAUAUCAGUGAUACAACGGAUUUAAAGGGUCUUAUGGCAAAAAAGAUUAUAGAACAUCAGAAGAAUGUUAAAAAAUUCCGUGAAAUGUAUGGAAGUAAAGUUAUUGGAGAAAUAACAGUUGAUCAAAUAUAUGGUGGCAUGCGUGGUAUGAAGAGUUUAGUUACUGAAACUUCUCAUCUUGAUCCUGAAGAAGGAAUCCGAUUCCGUGAUCUAACCAUUCCAGAUUGCAGGGAACAACUUCCAAAAGCACCUGGUGGUGAAGAACCUUUGCCUGAAGCAUUAUUUUGGUUGUUAAUGACUGGUGAUGUGCCCACUGAUGAACAGGUGAAACAUUUGUCAAAACAAUGGGCUGAACUUGCAGAUCUUCCAUCUCAUGUUGUCACAAUGUUGAAUAACUUCCCAUCUAAUUUGCAUCCUAUGUCACAGUUUAGUGCUGCAAUAACAGCUUGCAAUACUGAAAGCAAGUUUGCUAAAGCUUAUAGUGAAGGAGUGUCUAAAACUAAAUACUGGGAGCUGACAUAUGAUGAUGCCAUGAGUCUUAUUGCAAAACUCCCUCCCAUUGCUGCUACUAUAUAUAGAAAUUUAUAUCGUGAUGGUAGUAGCAUAGGGGCAAUAGAUGUGAAUAAAGACUGGUCUCAUAAUUUCACUUCAAUGCUGGGCUAUGAAGAUCCUCAAUUUACAGAGCUUAUGAGAUUAUACCUUACAAUACAUAGUGAUCAUGAAGGUGGCAAUGUUAGUGCCCAUACUGUCCAUUUAGUUGGAAGUGCUUUGUCUGAUCCAUAUCUUUCAUUUGCUGCGGGUAUGAAUGGGUUAGCUGGCCCACUUCAUGGUCUUGCUAAUCAGGAAGUUCUAGUCUGGCUUACAAAACUUCAAAAAGAACUUGGAACUGACGUAACUGAAGAACAGUUAAAAGAAUUUGUGUGGAAAACCCUGAAAUCUGGACAGGUUAUACCAGGAUAUGGUCAUGCAGUUUUGAGGAAGACUGAUCCUCGUUAUGUAGCACAACGUGAAUUUGCCAUGAAACACCUGCCACAGGAUCCAAUGUUCAAAUUAGUAUCAACCAUCUAUAAAGUUGUUCCUCCAAUUUUACUAGAGUUGGGAAAAGUCAAAAAUCCUUGGCCAAAUGUUGAUGCCCACAGUGGUGUUUUAUUACAGUACUAUGGUAUGACAGAGAUGCAGUUUUACACUGUUCUGUUUGGUGUAUCACGUGCCCUUGGUGUAAUGGCAUCCUUAGUAUGGGACCGUGGAAUGGGUCUGCCUCUGGAACGACCAAAAUCUAUGACAACUGAUGGACUCAUGAAGCUUGUUGGAGCUAUUUAAAAGUAUAUUUUCAAAGCCUAGGGUCUAGGUUUGCCAUGCACACCACUUUACAAGAUAGCAGUAAUUCCAACAGGGGAUUUUAAAUUGAUGUUUGCCACUAGAAGGUGAACAGCUUGUGAUAGAUGUUGGGUAGAUGUCAGUGUCUGCUAACUCAUGAGAUGAUUGAAGUGAAUGUUUGCAUAAUAGAUCAUCAUAUAAAAUUUUCAUCUUGAAAUUAAAGACUUAAUGCUUUGAAGGCCAGCAAUAGACUUGUGAAGUUUCUCAUUUGCUCAUUCAGGUUUUUUUUUUUCUUAGUGAUUACUCGCUACUUGUAUCAGACCUUGGCACUACCUGCAAUUUGUUUUUCAAAAUAAAAAAAAAAUAUAUAAAAAGUUUUUGUGAUAAUUCGUAGAAUGAAUGUGGUGUAUUAAAAUGUGGUGAUGGAAGAACUUUAAAAUUUUGUAGUUUCUCUGGGUAUGUAUAAUUUUAAUGUACGUACUUAUAAGAUUUGAAUUACUGUAAUUACUUUACAUUCACUAAUUUUAUGAAUUUUAUGAUGUCCUGUACUGUUAAAAAUGACAAUAAGUAACUUAUAGUUGCACUUGUACCUGAAAUUUAUUAAUAAAUACAAAUAUAUGUCCUUA